AUGAUGAUGAUGAUGAUGAUGAUGAUGAUGAUGAUGAUGAUGAUUAGGAUGAUGAUGAUGAAUCUGAUGAUGAUGAUGAUGGAUGAUGAUGAUGAUGAUGAUGAUGAUGAUGAUGAUGAUGAUUCGGAUGAUGAUGAUGAUUAUGAUGAUGAUGAUGAUGAUGAUGAUGAUGAUGAUGAUGAUGCGGAUGAUGAUGAUGAUGGUGAUGAUGAUGACGCUGAUGAUGAUGAUGAUGAUGUCGAUGAUGAUGAUGGUGAUGAUGAUGAUGAUGAUGCUGAUGAUGAUGAUGAUAUUGAUGGUGCUUUUUAUGUUGAUGAGGAUGACGAUGAUGAUCAUGAUGACGAUGGUGAUGAUGAUGGUGCUGAUGAUGAUGAUGCUGAUGAUGUAGUUGAUGAUGAUGAUGGUGAUGAUGAUGAAGCUGAUUAUGAUGAUGAUUAUGAUGAUGAUGAUGAUGAUGAUGAUAGUGCUGAUGCUGCUGAUGAUGUUGGUGAUGACGAUGAUGGUGAUGAUGAUGAUGCUGAUGCUGAUGAUGAUGAUGAUGGUGAAGAUGAUGAUGCUGAUGUUGAUGAUAAUCUUGAUGAUGAUGCUGCUGCUGAUGAUGAUGAUUAUGAUGAUGUUGAUGAUGAUGCUGAUGAUGAUGAUGAUAUUGAUGGUGAUUUGAUGUUGAUGAGGAUGACGAUGAUGAUGAUGAUGACGAUGGUGAUGAUGAUGGUGCUGCUGCUGAUGCUGCUGAUGAUUAUGAUG